AUGCCGAUGCUCGCAAAUCCCUCCAUCAAGUACAAACCGUACACCCCGCUCGACCUUCCCAACCGCCAAUGGCCUGGAAAGGUCAACCGUACGCCGCCCAUCUGGCUGUCCACCGACCUGCGCGAUGGAAACCAGGCCCUCGCGAACCCCAUGACGGUCGCCCAAAAGACGGUCUUCUUUGACACCCUCGUCAAGUGUGGCUUCAAGGAGAUCGAGAUUGCGUACCCCGCUGCAAGUGAUACGGACUUCAACUUCGUGCGCGGGUUGAUUGAGCAGGGCAAGGUGCCCGAUGAUGUCUGGAUCCAGGUCCUCACCCCCGCACGAGAAGACCUCAUCAAGCGCACCGUAGAUGCCGUCGCAGGCUGCAAGCGGGCAAUCAUCCACAUGUACAACGCGACAUGUUGCACCUUCCGCGAAGUAGUGUUCCGCAAUUCCAAGGAAGAAACCGUCAGACUGGCCGCCAAGCACACCGAGAUCGUAAGGAAACUCACGGAGGAGUGCACAGCCAAGUAUGGCACCCAGUUCCGCUACGAGUACAGCCCCGAGACGUUCUCCCAGACAGAGCCCGCGUUUGCGCUGGAGGUCUGCGAGGCCGUCAAGAAGGCGUGGGGCAAGGCAGGACUGGGCGACGAACGGAUCAUCUUCAACCUGCCUGCGACGGUCGAGAUUGGGCCGCCCAACCACUACGCGGAUUUGGUCGAGCACUUCUGCCGUAGUAUCUCUGAACGGGAGAAGAUUGUCAUCAGUCUACACCCUCACAACGAUCGCGGCACCAGUAUUGCCGCAGCGGAGUUUGGCAUCCUCGCCGGUGCAGACCGAGUCGAAGGCUGUCUGUUCGGCAAUGGCGAGCGUACUGGCAACGUGGAUCUCGUCAAUCUCGCGCUGAACCUGUACACGCAAGGGGUCCACCCUAACGUCGACUUCAGCGACAUCCAAGCCGUCAUAGACGUCGUCACCGCUUGCAAUGACCUCCCUGUCCAUCCACGCCAUCCCUACGCUGGCGAGCUCGUUUUCACCGCGUUCUCGGGAUCCCACCAAGAUGCCAUCAAGAAGGGCUUCGAGGCGCAGCGCAUCCGCCACCAGAAGGCGGAGCGCGACGGGGAGAUGCAGUACUGGGACAUCCCCUAUCUUCCCAUCGACCCCGCAGACCUCGGAUGCAACUACGAGGCCGUUAUCCGAGUCAACGCACAGUCGGGCAAGGGCGGUAUUGCUUACCUCGUACAACAUCACCUCGGCCUCGACAUGCCGCGCAAAAUGCAGGUCGCGUUCUACCAGGUCAUCCAAGACAUUGCAGAUCGCGAGGCACGUGAAAUGACUGUCGAGGACAUCACCACCGCAUUCCGGAGUACGUACCACUUCGGUGGCUCAGCAUACGAGGGCAGACUGGUCCUCAAGUCGUACAAGAUCUCGUCGGAGCCUACACCAGAUAGCCUCAGCGACGAAGCCGCCGACGAGCGGAGACAGUUUGACGGGACUGUAUCCGUUGACGGCGUCCUCCGCGUCAUCCGUGGCGACGGUAACGGUCCCUUGUCUGCACUGCUGGACGCCCUCCGGACACACCUGGAUAUCGACCUGACGCUCCGCGAAUACUCCGAACACACUAUUGGCUCUGACCAGAGCGCCAAGGCCGCAUCCUACGUCGAGAUCGUUCCCCAGGGACCGGACGUCAAGCAGACCCGCCAGUCCGCCGAAUCAUGGUGGGGCGUUGGCGUCGACUCCGACAUCGCUGGCUCCGGUCUGCGCGCAGUCCUCAGCGCGGCGAACAGCGCCAUCGGCGACCGCCAGCUGCCCGAGCUCAAGCUCAGCGUUGGGUUCAACGCGAAGACGGGCCAGGCGGACGUCGCGUCCGCGAUCCUCAACUCGCUGCAGCUCGAGCUCCCCCGCCGUCUGCAGGCGUCGUUCUUCGAGGUUGUGCAGCGCGCCGCUCGCGACCACGGCGGCGAGAUCUCGUACGAAGCCCUCGUGGAGCUCUUCCGCGAGACGUAUGGGUACUACGAGGAGGAAGGCCGCUUCGUGGUCAACAGCUUCAAGCUUGAGCACCUUCCUGAGACCGGGCGGGCGCGCCUGUCUGGGAACUUCAUCCUCAACGGGAAGCCCGUCGCGCUCGAGGGUGAGGGCAACGGCCCGCUGUCCGCCACGGUCGAGGCUGUCAACCGCGGGCUGGACGGGAAGGUGUCAAUCCGCGAGUACGCAGAGCACUCGAUCGGCGAGGGCUCCGAGGUCAAGGCGGCGUCGUACGUCGAGAUCGCGUACGAGGGCCCGGGAGGGAGCCCGAAGUGGGCCAUGUGGGGUGUCGCGAUCGACCACGACAUCACCGCGUCGGGGUUGAAAGCGGUCCUGGCUGCCACCCGAGCAGUCGAAAAUGCGGACAGGGCGGCGCAGGCCGCCGCUGAGCGGAAGUAA